AUGUCAGAAGAAGUGCCUAUUGAAGAACAGCAAAAGCCCCAAGAGUCACAAGUGGAUUCAAAUGAGAUGGAGACUUCACAACAAGAUAUAAAGGAACCUAGCAAUAGCCAAGGAAAUACAAAUAAUGAUGAAUCAAAUACAGAGAAAUCACGUAUGGAAGAGAUGGAGAGGGAAGCUGCUAGAUUACGAGAACUUCAUUCUCAAUUAAGCAAUGAUUCGAAUAAUGAUCCUUCCGAAGAAGAAAGACGAGACAUUGAUUCUCGUUCUGUCUAUAUUGGUAAUGUGGAUUAUGGCUCUACUCCUCUAGAAUUACAACAACAUUUUUCAAGCAGUGGAGUCGUUAACAGAGUCACAAUACCAUUGAACAAAUUUACAGGACAGCCUAAAGGAUUUGCAUAUUUGGAAUUUGCAGAUGUUGAUGGAGUCAAUAAAGCAGUAGCAACGUUGGACGGUUCUACCUUCAGAGAUCGUGAAUUGAAGGUUUGUGCUAAGAGGACAAAUGUCCCAGGGAUGAGUUCUACGAAUAGAGGUGGUGGCUUUCCAAGAGGUGGUUUUAGAGGUAGAGGUGGUUUUAGAGGUGGGUUUAGAGGAAGAGGUCCAAGAGGAAGAGGUGGAAGCAGAGGCGGAAACAGAUUUACGCCGUACUAG